CUCAUCAUUCCCAAAAAAGCAUGCGCCAUGGUUCUGUUAUUGAUUCAGAUUCAUGUAAAUUUACUUGCUGUUGUUGAUUUUUGCGUGUUUGGCACAUUUAAUAGGAGAGUUGCCCAGAAAAUUGUUCCUGGACAUUGGACUGAGUUGUCCUGUCAGGAUCUUUCAAAUAUUCCAAUGCAGAGUUUCUCAAAAAACUGUGGAGUCUUUAUGCUCAUGUAUGCCUUGUACAUCGCACUUGAUGUUGAUUUUGACUUUUCUGAGGCUAAUAUGACAAAAAUAAGGAGAUGGUGGUGUGGGCUCCUGCUUGAAGGCUCAGGGUCUCCUGUCAAACGAAAAAGGCCCAGAAAAAUGGAAUGCGUGUCUCAGGCACCUGUACUCUCGGGUGAAAACAAAUGUACCAUGGAUCCAAAAGGAGGCCUUUGUGAUUUACCAUCAGACCUGCUCAGACAGAUUCUUCUAGAUGUUGUUUUCGAUGAAGGAGAUGGAGCCUUCCUCACACUCUCACUUGUGUGCAGAAAGUUUUGUGACAUUGCCUGCAGUCAAGUUUUCCGUAGAAAAUAUCACUUGGCCUGGCUCGACAGCAUCACAGACUGGAAAUCUACAAGUCCAGAUAUAAAAGACAAAUACAGAGUGGAGUUCAAACUCUCCACAUGUGAAUCAUGUGGUUGGCUGUACAAAGACACAAUUGGAUACUGUGGUGAUGGGAAGAAAGGGGUGUAUAGAGCUUUUUAUUCUGACAAAGAGUUCGAUGGCUACUGCUCGAUGCACUGCUUCUAUACAAUGAAUGACUGAAUGAAUGGAUGGCUGGAUUUGUAGUUACGGAUGGUAUUCGUGGCUAACUGAUGGAUGAUUGGAUUUGUGGUGAAUGGAAGAGGAUGGAUUUGUUUAUUUGAUUUAAAUUUGUUUGUUUUUUGCUGAUUAAACAAAUGUUUCAUGGA